ACCCAAAGAGGAAGAUUGGCUUGGGACCCUUGCGUGGUGUUUCAAAAGGUGGUGAAGAACUAAGGUAGAAGAAUACAUGUUCACUUUUAGUGAACAAGAGCAUGUUCCCAAACUCCUCAAUUUUGGGUCGUCCUCCCUUUACUCCACACCAUCAACAACAUAAUAACUUCUUUGCUCUGUCACCAACUCUUUAUUCACACCAGCAGCUUAUAGAUGCGCAAUUCAACUUUCAGAAUGCAGACUUAUCUAGAGCUGUGUCAUUGCAGCAGUUGGCAUAUGGAAAUGUCAGUCCAAUACACACCUCAACCUCCCCAUUAUUUCGAGGAAGGAAGAGAUUAAGCAAUGAAAAAAACCUUCCGCUUGAUGGUAAACGGCAACGAUUUCAUUCACCCCACCAAGAUCCAACUGUGGUUAACCAGAUAGUGCCUUUAUCAGGUGAAAGAAGAUUCUCAAUGCCACCAGUGUUUCAUGCACACUAUAUACCAGAUGUAAUCAGAUAUGUUCCUCCUUUUCAAGAAAUAGCAUUUUUAGAACCUAGAGAAAUCACACUGCCAGAGGCCAAAGAUAAGUUGAGUCAGCAGAUACUGGAGCUAUUUGAAACAUGUCAGCAGCAAAUAAGUGAUUUAAAGAAGAAAGAAGUUUGUCGGACUUUGCUUCAGAGAGAAAUUCAGCUGUUAUUUCCACAAAGCAGACUUUUUUUGGUUGGAUCCUCUUUGAAUGGAUUUGGUACCCGGACCAGUGAUGGUGAUUUAUGCCUAGUAGUUAAAGAGGAGCCAUGUUUUUUUCAGGUAAAUCAGAAGACUGAAGCACGGCAUAUACUCACCUUAGUCCAUAAACACUUCUGUACUAGACUUUCUGGCUACAUUGAGAGACCUCAGUUGAUUCGAGCAAAAGUGCCAAUUGUUAAGUUCAGGGAUAAAGUCAGUUGUGUGGAGUUCGACUUGAAUGUAAACAAUAUUGUUGGAAUAAGAAACACAUUCCUUCUCAGAGCUUAUGCAUACCUUGAAAAUCGAGUUCGUCCAUUAGUAUUGGUGAUUAAGAAGUGGGCAAGUCACCAUGAGAUAAAUGACGCCAGUCGUGGUACUUUAAGCAGCUAUAGUCUUGUGUUGAUGGUUUUACACUAUUUACAAACCCUACCUGAACCCAUCCUUCCAUCCCUCCAAAAAAUUUACCCAGAAUCUUUUAGUCCUGCUAUACAGCUGCACCUUGUACAUCAAGCUCCAUGUAAUGUUCCUCCUUACCUCUCAAAGAAUGAAUCAAAUCUUGGGGACCUCUUACUGGGCUUUCUUAAAUAUUAUGCUACAGAGUUUGACUGGGACAGUCAGAUGAUUUCAGUUCAUGAAGCCAAAGCCAUUCCGAGGCCUCCUGGUAUUGAAUGGAGAAAUAAAUUCAUCUGUAUAGAAGAACCUUUUGAUGGAACAAAUACAGCCAGAGCGGUGCAUGAAAAGCAGAAGUUUGAUAUGAUCAAGGAUCAAUUUUUAAAGUCAUGGCACAGAUUGAAAAACAAGAGAGAUUUGAACAGUAUACUACCUUUAAGAACUGUCAUCCUGAAAAGAUAACUGGCCUUUGUUUCUUAAAAUCUUCUGCGAAAUAAAGAACUAUAGUAACACAAUACAUUUUGUUUACCUCUAUCAUGGCUUCUUUUAAACUCUUGUUUUCAUGUUUAUUUUUAAAAGGACAUACUUACAUAAAGAUUAUAUAUUUUAUUAUGACAUUUCCUAAUAAAACUCUUUGAUUUAAAAAUGUAUUUUUGAAAAUGUUUACAUUUAUGAUUAGUAAUAUUAGGACAUGAGUUAUCAGGAGACCAGAGAAAAAUAUUUUGGAGGAAAUUAACCUGACAAAAUAAAAGGUUUUCAGUAUAACUUCAUUUAGUUGUACCACAUGCUAUCAUUGAAGAGAUCGGUGGAAUUUUAGAAAGGGUCUGAUUUGUACAUGCUUAAAAUGUAACCUACAAUAGAUCAUUUGUUGUCCAAGUCUGUUGUAGUAAAGUGAAGAUUCAAGUCAGUUAUUCAGUUACUUGAAGCAAAAAGAAAUGUUUUAUUUCAGUUCACAUUUCUGUGAAAUUGCUGCAGAAGCGUGCAGUACUGGACAGUUGCCUUUAGUCUUCACUUGACUCACUGGGAUAGACUGAGCUUGGGGCGUGUCUCUUAGCAUUUCAUUCUUACCUCACAAGCUUUUGAUGUACUUACUCCUGAGAUUACUUUAAAUUUUGUGUUGAAACAAUAAAACAUUUUGCACUGUAGUAAUAUAAGUGCUAACUCUGUAUUGUACAGCAGUUAGUGAAUUAUUUUAAAGAAUCAGUUCAGUAUGCACAGUCUGAAAAGAUCAAGUCCCCUGUGCUUUGUAACAGCCUAGUGCAAUAUGCACUUUUGCUUUACUUUGUGUUUUCCUGUGACAUGAAGCAACAGACACUGAAAGAUCAAAGUUAAGAUUAUAUAUCCUAUUUAUAGUAUCACAUUUUUUUUCUGUGUACAAUUAUAGGAUUAUAAUCUCAGCAGGAAGUUUUAGGCAGUAAGCCACUAUAAAAUAUUUUAAAUAAGACGCAAGGAAAUUAUAUAAAUAAAAACUUAAUGUUUGU